AUGUCAAAGAAAAGAGUUGCAAUUAUAGGUGCAGGAUCAUCUGGCCUUACAUCCAUCAAACAAUGUCUGGCUGAUGACCUUGAACCAGUUUGUUUUGAAGCAACCGAUGACAUUGGUGGUCUGUGGAAUUAUACUGAGGUUACUGAAGAAAACAAAGAUCCGCAUUCAUCAAUCUGUCGAAGUACAAUCAUCAACACCAGUAAAGAAACUGUAUCAGGAGAACAAUCAGAAGAGUUUGAUUUUGUGUUGGUUUGUAUUGGUCACCAUCGAUACCCAAGAUUACCAAAGUUUGAAGGAAUGGAUGUUUUCAAAGGAAAACAAUUGCAUUCACAUUUUUAUAGAUCACCUGAAGAAUUUGCAAAUAAACGUGUUAUAGUUGUUGGUGUUGGUAAUAG